CUGGACACAUGCUGGCUUGGAGCAUUUAAGCCCUGCUUGUGGGUGCUGCCACAGCUGCCACCAGGCUGCUGAAGAAGUAAAGUGGGCUUUUUCUUCCUGCCCUGGAGACCAGAAAGACCUUCACCUCCUUCUCCCCAGCCAGUGCCUUCCUCCUGGUCCAUGGGGACAGUUGUAGCCAAACUGCUCCUGCCUACCCUCAGCAGCCUGGCCUUCCUCCCCACAGUGAGCAUCGCUGCCAAGAGGCGGUUUUACAUGGAGGCCAUGGUCUAUCUCUUCACCAUGUUCUUCGUGGCGUUCUCCCAUGCCUGUGAUGGGCCUGGCUUGUCUGUGCUGUGCUUCAUGCGCCGUGACAUCCUGGAGUACUUCAGCAUCUAUGGAACGGCCCUGAGCAUGUGGGUCUCACUGAUGGCCCUGGCCGACUUUGAUGAACCCCAGAGGUCAACCUUCACGAUGUUCGGUGUCCUUACCAUCGCUGUUCGGACUUUCCAUGACCGCUGGGGUUAUGGGGUCUACUCGGGCCCCAUAGGUACAGCCGUCCUCAUCAUUGCUGUGAAGUGGCUGAAGAAGAUGAAGGAGAAGAAGGGUCUGUACCCAGACAAGAGCAUCUAUACUCAGCAGAUAGGCCCUGGCCUCUGUUUUGGGGCACUGGCCCUGAUGCUUCGCUUCUUCUUUGAGGAGUGGGAUUACACCUACGUCCACAGCUUCUACCACUGUGCUCUGGCCAUGUCCUUCGUCCUGCUGCUGCCCAAGGUCAACAAGAAGGCUGGGAAUGCAGGGCCCCCCGCCAAGCUGACCUUCUCCACCCUCUGCUGUGCUUGUGUUUGACCACAGCCCCUGUUCUAGGACUCUGCCUUCGUGUCUGGCUGCCCCACCAUCUC